AUGCCUCCCGUGGUGAUGUCCGAAGGACCCUGUAACACGAGAGCGAGAAGCUUUAAAGCGAGGACAGGCGAGCACGAGCUCCUUGAUGGGCUGAAGCAGCGAUGGAGAGGCCUCGGCGCCGACAAUAACGAGUUCCAAAAUGACGGCUUGCAAUGUGCUGGUUACCACAUCGCGAAGCACGACGAGGAAAACGCGAUCGCACGCGCGGGAAUCACGGACCGAAGCGCUGCGAUAAGGAGAACCUGCAGCGAAGCUGCGGCUCAGCUUCACGCCGCACUACCCGGCGACGGUUCCUCCGACAUCCUCCGUCGAGAGGCUCGUACCGCGGUGGUCGAUCCGUCUCCGUCUACGUCUGCUCCAUCCGCGGGUGAAGUCCCUCCGCCGUUCAAGCCAUGGAGAACGAGCCGGCAUCCAAACCAAAAGCGGCCGACUCAGCACGGUAGUGUGGAUCAGCGACCGCCGCUGGCGCAGCAGCCGUGUCGGCUGAAGCACUAUCAACCCGAUGAGCGUCGUCUGUACGAACAGCAGCCACUAGAGACUCAGCAGCAGCAGCAGGAGUUGCGGCGGAUAGGCGUGUCAGGACCCCGGUCCCUCUACAGGAGCGAAAGCGCGUUUCCCGCGCUUUUUCUCGAGCAGAUUGACGGCGACAGCGCUGACAGACCGUCGGAUCAUGCUGACGUGGCGGGCGGCCUUGGUGGCCGUCAGCAAUUGGAGGAGAGUGUCGGUCGCACGGUGUCGCUCGAGCAGUCCGCCCUCGAGGCCCUCGCAGCGCCGUUCAAAGUUCCCCACACCCCUCCGCGCGCGUUGGUGCGGGAGACAGUCUCUACAGUGGAGCUGAGCGCGCGGGGGGACGCGGGGAGCUAUGCAGGGGGAAUAUUGGGGGAAGAGGGGGACGGCGCGGAGGAGGGGGAGCGGGAGUUCACGCGGCACGUGUUGGGGCGGCCGUACGCGGAGCUUGAGGCGCGGUAUGAGGUGGCGGAGGGGGAGCUGGGGCGGGGGAAGGUGGGCGUGCUGCGCGCGUGCAGGUGCCGCGCGACUGGGCGGCAGUUCGCGUGCAAGACCAUCAGCAAGGCCGCCAUGAUUGUGAGUGCCAUCGUUAGUGUUAGUGAUAGUACAUUUCCCAUUGCUCGCAUCGCGUGCAAGGCCAUCAGCAAGGCCGCCAUGAUUGUGAGUGCCAUCGUUAGUGUUAGUGAUAGUACAUUUCCCAUUGCUCGCAUCGCGUGCAAGGCCAUCAGCAAGGCCGCCAUGAUUGUGAGUGCCAUCGUUAGUGUUAGUGAUAGUACAUUUCCCAUUGCUCGCAUCGCGUGCAAGACCAUCAGCAAAGCCGCCAUGAUUUGUGAGGCGGAGUGUGACGAGGUGCGGAGGGAGGUGCAGAUGAUGCAGCGCGCGCGCGGGCACCCGCGCAUAGUCAGCAUGCACGAGGCGCUCGAAGACGCGCGCGCCGUCCACAUCAUCAUGGAGCUCUGCCACGGUGGCGAGCUCUUCCACCGCAUCGUGACACGUCAGCGCUACAGCGAGCCCGCGGCCGCCAGCGUGGCGCGCCAGCUGGCGUCGGCGCUGGCGUUCCUGCACGCACGGGGAGUGGCGCACCGGGACGUGAAGCCGGAGAACAUUCUGCUGUGCUCGCGCGCGGACGACACAAGCAUCAAGCUCACCGACUUUGGGGCCGCCGCGCUGCUGCUGCCUGGUAUGUGUUCCUCCCCACCCAUUUCCCUCCGCCCAUUCCCCUCCGCCCAUUCCCCUCCGCCAUUCCCCUCCGCCAUUCCCCUCCGCCAUUCCCCUCCGCCAUUCCCCUCCAUCAAUUCCCUCUCCAAUCACCGGGAUGUGAAGCCGGAGAACAUUCUGCUGUGCUCGCGCACUGACGACACGAGCAUCAAGCUCACCGACUUUGGAGCCGCCGCGCUGCUGCUGCCUGAUAGGUGUUUCACCCCACCCAGUUCUCUCCACCCAUUCCCGUCACCCCAUUCCCCCCUACCCCAUUUCCCUCACCUUAUUCGCCUCCGCCCACUCUCCAUUCCCCCUUCCCGCCCAACCUCUCCUCCCCUCCCAUUGCCUUCCGCCCAUUCCCCUCUUCAUAUCCUCUCCACCAUCCCUCUCCAACCAAGCCCUUUCCCCCAUCCCGCUCCAGCCCAUCCCCCGCCAUCCAUCCCCCACUCCCCAUUCCCCUUGGUAUCCACCCCUCACUACCCUCGCACAAUGCAUAGAGCCAGCACACAGUGCACCGAGCGAGUGGGCUCGCCCUACUACUUAGCCCCUGAGGUGCUGACAGAACAGUAUGGGUUGCAGGCGGACGUGUGGAGUGCAGGGGUGGUGCUCUUUGUCCUGCUCUUGGGCUCGCCGCCCUUCUUCUCCCCGUUCACCUGUGCCUGUUUCUUUCUCCCCAAACCCGCUGCACACCCCUUCCCUCCAGGCACACAGUGCACAGAGAGGGUAGGCUCGCCCUACUACUUAGCCCCUGAGGUGCUAUCAGAGCAGUAUGGGUUGCAGGCGGACGUGUGGAGCGCGGGGGUGGUGCUCUUUGUGCUGCUCUCCGGAUCGCCACCCUUCUCUGGCCGCUCCAACGACGAGAUCUUCCAGGCCGUCCGAUGCAAGGAGAUCGACCUCGCGAGCAAGCCCUGGCCGUCGAUCUCGGAGGGAGCGAAGGAUCUCGUCCGUCGGAUGCUCACGAGGGACCCUGAGGCGAGGAUCACCAUGAAAGAAGUGCUCGGUGAGUGGGUGGGCUGCUUAGGGUAG